CGCAGCGGGAAAAAGGAUGAAUGUCGAGAAGGGCGGCAGCGGAUGGUGCAACACGUAUGUGUCCGAGUGAAAGUACUCACUCGGCCAUUCAUGACCCAUCACCUUCUUGAAGGCGCGCGGUCGGAUGAAUGAAGGCAGAUCUUCAUCUGCGGCUCUUGCUGAUCACCUCACGGCUCAUUGCUUCGGUCAGUGCCCUCCCAUCGUUCAUCAUCCCAACACCUCCGCUGCGGCACGGCAAGAGCCGCCCCUCGGCACGACUCGGAGCACAGCAAUCACGGCUGCACUCUCUCAGACCGUCGUCCUUCACGCAGCCCCGGUCGGUUUAUGUGCACAUCCCCUUCUGCCGUCGACGGUGCUACUACUGCGACUUCCCCAUUUCUGUGGUGGGCGACUCGGCCAGGGCACAGCAGCAGCAGGCGGAGAGCUACUAUGGGGUGCUCAAGAGAGAGAUGGAGGCGACCGCAUCGACAUGGUGUCCGCCGUCGUCGGCCGACAGUGGUGGACAGCGCGUGAUGGCUGAGCCGUCGAUUGUGAUGGAUUCGGUGUGGAGGGACGAGUGGGAGAGAGCCGAGGCAAGUGGUGAGAGGGGCGUGUCGACUGUCUUCUUUGGGGGCGGGACGCCAUCGCUAAUGCCGCCAGAGGUCAUCGGCCGGAUCGUCGACGACAUUGAGCGACUGUUCGGUGAGCAUACACACAAACAAACAGACACACACAUACACACACCCGCUCCAUCCAUCCGUCCCCUGUUUCUCAGGCCCAUUGAGUGCCGGAUGUGAGAUAUCCAUGGAGAUGGACCCAGGCUCAUUCGACCAAGACAAGCUGCGGUCCUUCCUCACCCACGGCCGCGUCAACAGGGUGUCCCUGGGCGUGCAGAGCUUCAGCGACAAGACGCUGCAGCGGAUAGGCCGGGCGCACAGCGCGCGUGAUGUGUACAGGGCGAUAGAGGACCUCCGUGCCUGCGGUGUCGACAACUGGUCUGUGGAUCUGAUUGGCGGGCUGCCUGAGCUGACUGUGGAUGAGUGGGAGGGGACGGUCAGGGAGGCCAUCGAUGUGGGGGCGCCUCACCUCUCUGUGUACGAUCUACAGGUAGGUGUGGGCACACGGCCAUGCUCGCAUGACGUGGGCUGCUUAUCGGCCAUGUGUGUGCGUGUGUGUGUGUGUGUGUGUCUGUCAGGUGGAGGAAGGUUCGUUCUUCGGUCGUUGGGGCUAUCAGGCGGGCGAAUCGCCUUUGCCCACAGAGGAUGCGAGCGCCCAAAUGUACCGCAGCGCAUCCAGGUGAGAGAAAAGACGGCGAUAGAGCACUGGGUCUUCUUGUUUCCAUGCCGUCGUGUGUGUGGGUGGGCGUAUUUGUGUUGUGUGCAGGUUGUUGCGUGACGCGGGGUAUGUCCACUACGAGGUGUCUAACUACGCGAAGGAGGGACAUCAGUGUCGUCACAACAUGGCCUACUGGGAGAAUGUGCCCUUCUUUGCAUUCGGUACACACACACACACACACACGCGCGCGCGCACGAGUGCGCUUCCAUCCAUCCGUUCCUCCAUUCUUCGUCUCAGGCAAUGGCGCUGCAUCCUUCACUUCUCUCUAUCGAUUCUCACGGUGAGUUUGGCUGACCAAACACACCUUGACGAGGCAAUGGUGAGGUCGGUACCUACCUCUCUCUCUCUCUCUUUCUGUGUGUGUGUGUGUGUGUGUGUGUGUGCAGCCCCCGUCGGUUGCAAGACUACCGUGUGUGGGUGGAUCGGCUGGAGAGGGAGGGCUUCCUGCACGCUGCGGGCUUCCACUCACUCGCAGAGCUGUGGGACGAAAGCAUUCACAGAUACGAGAAGACACAUGAGGGUACACAUGUGGACGACGGCCAACACGCCCAAAGUGAGACAGACCCUCUCCAAACACAUAACACAACCACAUGUGCGACCGCACCAUUCUCUCUCUGUGUGUGCAGUGUACAGUGAGUUGCGUCGCGAGUGUCUGUCCGACGGGCUGAUGCUCGGCCUCCGUCUCAAGAGCGGCAUCAGCCUCUCCCGCAUAGCCAAGGCACAUGGCACCGACGCUGUCAAUGGCAUCCUGCGGGCCAUCGACCAGUCGUCGGCCAUCGAGCGGGGCCUGGUGCGGGUCUUUUGUAGGCCCCGCUGUGACAGUGACAGUGGGGAUGAAAAGGAUCUGACCAGCGGCGGUGAUGCAUUGCGUGUGAUGGGCGAGGGGGGCAGGGAGGUGGGUGUGUGUCUGACCGAUCCUGAGGGGUUUCUGUUGUCGAAUGACGUCAUUUCGUCCAUGUUUGCCUGCAUAGACCAGAUGGGCUGGGGACAACUCAGGACCACACAGCCAGCCUUAUGAAUUCCUG